ACGGGGAGAGGGAGAGGGGCAGGCUCCUGCCUAAAGAUCCUCAUUCAUUUACACUCUGAGCUGCACACAGGAGCCACCUGAAGCCUCUCCAUCUCCUCUCUUUCAAGGGUCUUUGUCAGUGGAGAGAAGGACACAGGACCCCCCACAAGUGGCAGCUCAGCCCGUCCCCGCCCUCGACCUCAACCCACCUUGCAGGCUUUUGUGUGUGUUUUUGUAUUAUUGUGAAGUACAAAGGGAAGGGACAAGAGUAAAGGGAUCAGCGGAGGAGAAGAGGCAGUCAGGAAGAUGCACAUUAACCAAGAGGCUUCCAACACCAAAGGAGCUCCCACCCGAGACGUUAUCCUGGUCUCUACCGUCCUCACUUUGAGCCUCAGCAUCACCAUCAUCAUGUGUGGGCUCUGCCAGUGGUGCCAGCGUAAACUGGGAAAGCGCUACAAAAACUCUCUGGAAACAGCGGGGACUCCAGACUCCACUAGAGGAAUCCGCAGCGAAAAGAAAACUUUAAAUGAUCUAGACAAAGACUUUUGGAAUAACAAUGACAGCACAGCCCACCAGAAAUGGAGCUCCUACCCUCCCAAGGAGUUUAUCCUAAACAUUUCACCUUACGCCCCCUAUGGUGACCCAAGACUGGCCCUCAAUGGCACUGUAUUGUCCAGUAGUAAGUCAGCAGCUUGUGGCACAUCUGGGUUACUGGACAAAGAUGGCCGGCUCGGGGACAAACAGUUUCGCAGUGACAGCAUGAAGAUCAGCAUGUCCUCGCAAAGCCACCACAGCGAGCCAGUCCUGGGGAAGUCUGGGAGAGGUAGAUGGCACACGGUUCAGAGCCACCUUGCAUCUGGGAAUCUCAGUCGAACCAAUUUUGAGGACCCCACCCUGACAGCAGCCACUACCCUCGACCAUAUCCCCAUCUCUGCAGGAGACAUGAAAUGCCAGCGUCCCCGCACGCUCCUCCGCCAGCAGAGUCUCCAGCAGCCUCUCAGCCUCCACCAGAAGCACAAUCACUGCCAGCCAACAACCAGUCAAAGCCUGGGGCAGCUACAGCUGCAGCAUCAACCCCCUUCCACCAGCAGCAGCAACACCAGCAACACUCGUCCCCAACGCACGGGUCAGAACCGACCCCCAACCUCAGCUGGAUCCAAGCACCGGCCAGCUGGCAUCAGGAACCGAACCAACGCUGGUAGCUGGGACUAUGUGGUUGGUCAAAUUCGAAACCGGGGCCUGGACAUGAAAUCUUUCCUGGAAGGCCGCAUGGUGGUGCUCUCCUUGGUGCUGGGUCUCUCCGAGCAGGACGACUUUGCAAAUAUCCCUGACCUACAGACCAAUGGCUCGCAACAGAACCAGAACACUCAGGGCGACAAGAGAUUACAGACAGGUGGUAAAACCACAAGUGCGUCAGGAGUGCCGGGGCAAGGGCAGUCAGAAGAUCCUGAUCGCAAAACAGAUCAACAUGCUUCUGUGUCCGAUCUGGUGAACUCUCUGACGAGUGAGAUGCUCAUGCUGUCUCCUGGGUCGGACGAAGACGAUGGUCACGACACUUCAGGAAGGGAGAACCUGGGUCGCAUUCAGUUCAGUGUGGGGUAUAAUUUCCAGGAGUCUACCCUCACGGUUAAGAUCCUGAAAGCCCAGGAGCUGCCUGCCAAGGACUUCAGUGGAACCAGCGACCCCUUUGUGAAGAUCUAUCUGCUGCCAGACAAGAAGCACAAGCUAGAGACCAAGGUCAAGAGGAAAAACCUCAAUCCACACUGGAAUGAAACCUUCCUCUUUGAGGGUUUCCCUUAUGAAAAAGUGGUGCAGCGGGUUCUGUAUCUCCAGGUAUUAGACUACGACCGAUUCAGCCGCAACGACCCCAUCGGAGAGGUCUCCAUCCCCCUAAAUAAGACAGACCUGACACAGAUGCAGACCUUUUGGAAGGAGCUGAAACCGUGCAGCGACGGAAGCGGGAGUCGAGGGGAAUUGCUCCUGUCUCUGUGCUACAACCCUUCCACCAACGCCAUAAUUGUCAAUAUCAUAAAGGCACGCAACCUGAAAGCCAUGGAUAUCGGCGGCACCUCAGACCCCUAUGUGAAAGUGUGGCUCAUGUACAAGGAUAAAAGAGUUGAGAAGAAAAAGACUGUGGUUAUGAAGCGCUGCCUGAACCCUAUUUUUAAUGAGUCGUUUAUCUUCGACAUCCCUACUGAAAAGCUCCGGGAAACAACCAUUAUCAUCACUGUCAUGGACAAAGACAAGCUGAGCAGGAACGACGUCAUUGGCAAGAUCUACCUGUCUUGGAAGAGUGGCCCCGGGGAAGUGAAACACUGGAAGGAUAUGAUCUCUCACCCCAGAACGGCUGUAGCGCAAUGGCAUCAACUCAAGGCCUGAUUUGGUGGCCUCUUUGCACUCUGUCAUCUCCAGAAGUCCUCGGUUACAUUCAACCAAUGCAUUGGCCACACUCUUACUGUCUGCACAACCACAACCUGCAGGCUUCUCCAAGGAACCGCCAGCUUGGAUCUCUGGGUAACCGAAAGCCCCAGGGCCAGACUGUGCCACCUGUACUUGUUAUACUAGGCACAGCUGCGGUUCCCCUCCUGGCCUCACAAGGCGUGGCGCACACCAUAAAGCAGUGUUACAGAGACGCUGAAAAAGCUUGGGCGAGAUGGCCCUGUAGAAAGCCAGUCAGUAUGCUGCGGCACCUGCAAACUUUCCAUGGCAUCUUCAAACACGUGGCAGCCACAGGAGCGCAUCUAGCGUGCGUCAGUAGUGGUGGCCGGCGCUGCAGCUCGCCUUUUGUAGUUGUGCAAAGGUGCACUAAACCCUCUUAUUCUAUUUUUUGGGGUUUUUAAUCUUUGUUUAAAUUUAAAAAAAAAAAAAGCAGUGAUAAUGAGCAAUACCGGAGAAAUUGCUACAGAGAAACAUCGCUGGAACAUGGAGGCAGAUUACAAAGCAUUCCGGUCCUCAGACUCUUUGCCAUUUGUGCGUGGUGUUCCGUGUCCAACGUGUGUAAAAUAAUGUGUGUGCGUGGGUGUUUUAUUCUCCCACAAUUCACCCUUUUUAUCCUCUCUCCUCCCUUUGGCGGAGUCGGGGGUAGUGCUCUGGUACACUUGCAUAUCUUCAUAUCAUAAUAAUUUGUGUAAUUUGUAGCUUCCUUUGUUGUCCUUUAUUUUUUUAAUUCUGUUUUUUUUUUUCACAAAAUGGUUUCCUUUUUUCACAGUUUCACUAAAAAAAGGAGAAAAAGUUAAAAAAAAAAUAAAAAAUCAACUACAAUGUUGUGUUGUAGGGAGAAGAUCCGAGUCGCAGUUGUUCCGUUGUAGAUUUUCCAGAUUGUUAGUACUGAUUAGAAAGUGACCAUUUUGCUGCCAUGAUGGUUUGGGUGCAAUUCCGGCGCCCAGCGGGCAGCACUAUGGUUUCCAUACACAAGUCUAGAGCCAAAGAGGAUGCUGCCCGCUUACAGCACAGGGAGCUCGGUACCUCCUGGAAAGAAGGAAAAGAUAGAGGUGAAAGCCCUUCUCUCCUGGUGAUCCUUUCAUGACCUGUACAUUUCUGUACCUCCCUGGCCUUCUGAGUAUCACCAGCCACAUUGAGUCUUCCAGGAUGAGGCCUCAGAUCUUCCCAGGGCCUCUUUGAUGUCUCGGCUUUAGAGACGUGUGUAUAGAGUACAAACUAACUGAAAACGUGCUGAUUAUGGUGUCUGUGUGGAAACAAGGAAAAAAUACAAUGUGCUUAAUAAAAGUGAAACAUUUUCUGUC